AUGAUUUUGUGUGUGUGUGUGUGUGGUACUGCGGCUGACUUUACACAUGACGGAUUCCUGUUUUUUUGGUUUUUUUUGGUUUUGUUUUUUUGCCUUUCCGCGUCAAAGCGUCUGUCUCGCAGAAGGAAAACCCAAAAACCAAAAAAAAGAAAAAGGGGGAAGUGGCGCAAGGCAAUGCGUCGCGGGUGUCAGCUGUCAUUUCUCCUCUCGUCUCCUGUAUGCCCCCUCGUCGUAUCGACCCGUGGCAUCAUCGCCUGCAAGGGCAUCGUAGAGAACCGCAUCACGAAGCACUACUCGAACCGUACUGUUGAGGAGGCCAAAGCAGAGCGGGAGGCACAGAUAGCUAAAUCCAAGCAUCCCAACCCGCGUAACCGCAAAGAGGAGCUGAGUCACCUCACACACCACUGCAGCUAUGAGUAUAUCCCAGAGUUUCAGCGAUGGGCAAACGACAUGAUGGCUGUUUACAAUGAUCCUCAGGGGUACGGUCAUGACAUGGCGUACCAUUACCACCGCAUCUGGAAGGCGAAGAGCCCCACAAAACGUGGUAUUGAAGACGGUAGCGGGGCUUUUGAGGUGUGUAAAAUCCAUCCCAAGUAG